UAUCAAUUUACGAUGACCUUCAUCAAUUAACAAUUAUAACUACAACUGAUGUUACCCUGCCCACCCACUGUCUUAAAAAAAAUACUGCUCUUGAUAAGGAUGGUCCCCCUCCAUCCUCUUUUGUAUAUAUAAAUAUAUAAUUAUUUUGUCUUUGUGAAGCGGUUAAAAAAAUGUGUAGAUGUUUUUUUGCGACUGACUGAUUUGGUUUGACCGUCAGUUUGGAGUAUCACCACCAUCAGAAGAAACAAGAAGAAGAGAGAGGAGGAUGAAAUCACUACUUCGAUCGAUAGUGGCAUCACCCAAGAACAACCAUUAUGAUUCAACUCUUGGUAUUCAAUUGGAUUUAUCCUAUAUCACCCCUCAAUUGAUAGUUUGUUCUGGUCCUACUAAUAACUAUUGGAAAUCAUUCUAUCGAUAUCCUAUCCAGGAUCUUGUUCAUUUCUUAGAUUUCAAUCAUGAGAAUCAUUGGUAUAUCUGGAAUUAUCGUAGUGAAGAUCAAGGAGGGUAUCAAGAUCUGGAUGUGUAUAAUCGGGUAUGUCAUUUAGGUUUCCCUGAUCAUCAAGUACCGACUUUAGAUAUCAUGAUAAGAAGUUGUGAAUCAAUUGAUAAGUAUUUAUCUGAGUCAAGAGAGAAUGUAGCUAUAUUGCAUUGCAAAGCAGGCAAAGGUCGUUCAGGAACAUUAUGUUGUGCUUAUAUCAUGUAUGAGAGUAUGUUGAAUGGUGAUGUUGCAAAUGUAUCUGAUGUUAUUGAUCAUUAUACUAAGAUUAGAAUGAAAGAGUUUGCGGGGGAUGGAAUAUCAAUCCAAUCUCAAAGAAGAUACUUGGAGUAUUGGCAUCAGUAUUUAAAGUUGAAUGAAUUGGAUAGAUUGAACUACAUAGAGACAAGUCUUAAGGGAAAGUUUGUGGGUAUAAAAGUUGUCGGAUUACAACUGUCUUUAAAGAGUGUAUUUGACUUGUAUUUAGGCAUAGAGAAGUAUAAUAAAGACUUGACUUUGAUUAACAAGGUAUUCGACUUCAAUAUGGAAAAUUGUAAAGUUAACGUUGACGAAGAGGAAAACAGUUAUUACAUUACUUCCAACACUCCGAUUCCAAUCAUACUGGUUGAUAUUCGAUUAACUUUCCAAUCAUGGUGUUAUGCAUGGUUCAACAUCCUAUUUGAACCAAAUCAUACCAUAUCAUUAAAAUGGGAACAAUUUGAUGGGUUUAAAGGUACGAAACAAAAAGGGUUUAAAUUAUUUGAAAAGUUAGAAAUUCAUUGGGAGGAAUAAAAAAGGUUAUAGAUCAGUUUUAUAUUAUAUUUUUAGAUAGCUAUAAAGGAAUGAAUAUUAUUUAUUA